AUGUUCAAUUGGAAAGUCGAAAGUGAGAUCUACCGCCAUUUUUACCACAAGAUGAGCGGCGACAACAAACCGUCCAAGCGCCCGCUCUUCUUUACUCGAUCCUCGGUGGCUAAUUCCAAUACCAAGGCCAACACGGCGCCUAAUACUCCCCAACCGAGCUAUAAGGCGGCUAUUUCGUUACCGCCACACCAGUUUACGAGUCCUAUUAGACCGAGCCAUCCACAACCACCACACCCCUAUCCGAGAGCUCAAAACGAUGUCGCACAAGCACAGCAAGUGCAAGGCGAUUCGUCGCCUAAUUAUCAUUACAGCUAUCCUCAUUUAUUGCGAGAAGUGGAUGCCCCUCAGCGCGUCAUCCCCAUUUCGAGACCGGUGUGGGCUGCACAACACCAGCAGAAUAACACGAGCACAGCAGCAGCUACAGACGCGGCUAUCCUGGGACGCCAGUUGCUCCAGGCUCAGAACUUGCUAGAUCAAACCCCUAGAAGACUUCCCGAUGCCAAUGCGGGUGUCGGGGAUGUCAUGGGCGAUGGGAUGGCUGUUGGCGUUGGCGUGGGUGUGGCGGAAGGUGAAGGCGAUGGCGACGACGAAGACGACGACGAGGAAGGCGACGAGUUGACUCCCUGGCUAGUGCAUCUGACGCCGCAAUCUCUCCACCCACCAGCUGCUGCUGCGGCUCACAACAACGCGAGACCUCCACAGCAGCAGGAUCUAGACGUCUACAACAUUUUAAACCCUAGAAAAGCCUCCAAUAUGGGCUAUAAGGAGAAGAUCGUCAGUUGGCUAAGCACCGUCCCGCAUGUGAAAGACGAGGAGAAUAACGAGUAUUACGUCGACUGUUACCCGGGCAUCGUUUCCGACACCCUGAAUUCCAACAUUUCCGCCUCCUCAAAUGAGAUUUGCCGCACGAGCAACAACAAGGAGAUUGACUUGGCCGACGUGGAGGACUUGCUCGAGUUGCAGGCGCAGAAGGUCACGAGGUACGUCAUGAGGUUGUAUGCUAAUGAAUUGGAUAGCAAGGAUUCGCCUAGUGACGACGAGGCCCUGUUUAGGAAAGUUGGCGGUGGAGGAGCUGGCGGAGCAGGUCUUCGUGGUGGAGGUAAAGUCAAGGCCAAAGAGGGUAAAGCUGGAGUCUACCCCGUCGCCGAGUCGACUCGCAUUGGGUAA